AUGUCGGUCUACAUAAUCUUAACGUUUAUCUUGGUGAUUCCACAACUGUCUAAAGCGCAAAAUACUCAUAGAUUUCUAGAGGAUUUCUUGCAGAAUCGUAACGAAUACAUAAAUGUAUUUGAUUGUCACAAAAAAGAUUGGGAAAAUUAUGGAUUUUGGAGCCAAAAUUUUGGUUUAAAUUUAUCGAUUUUGAAAGACUCGACGACUCAUCAAAGAAGAUGCAAUUUCCGUGGCGCCAAAUUCAAAAUCGCUUUGAUUAUUGAAGAUGAAAGGAGUUUUCAGCAUUUCGAUGAUUUCAAAUUUCCUUGGGUCGAUGUUCACACUAAAGAAAACAUUGGAUCCAUCAGCAGAGCUUUAGAGUAUUGUAAAAUCAGUCCGGAAUUUGUUCGUGUGAAUAGUUACGAACAUUUGUACCAAGAAAAUGAUGAUUUUCUCUUCACAGCCACAGCUCCUUACAUGACCAAAGAUCUGUUGAAGAAAAUAAGUUUUGUGCGCAUCCAGGGUUCACCUAAAGUCUGUUACCUGAUCAAACGACCACCGAAGUCUUACGUAAUUACGAUAUUCACGAACGCGUUUGAUUCUUCUGUAUGGUUAGCCAUAAUCAUAUGUUUAAUUCUCUUGGCUAUUUGCCUUUACGGAAUACUCAAUAUUGAAGGAAAACGUGAAGCUAUCAAAUUUCGUGAUUCUUUUAACGCUUUUGAUAUGGCUCUAAUAGCUUUGGAAGCCGUUUGUCAGCAAGGAGCUUCAAUUGAUCCGCGCAGUUAUUCAGCUCGUAUCCUAGAAGUGCUUAUGUUCACAGCCUUCAUGUUUCUUUACGUCUCGUACUCAGCCAACAUCUUGGUCCUUCUACAAUCGACAACAACAAUUCAUUCAAUCGAUGAGAUGCGUGAGCUUAAGUUCAAGAUUGGAGGCAUGAACACGUCUUCAAUGAAGCAUUACCACUCGGGCAUCGGCGAGGAUUUGUACCAGAGAAGUAUAAACUCAAGCGGAGCUUACUCGAUACAGGAGGGAAUGGAAAGGGUCAGAGAAGGGCUUUUCGCUUUCUACUUGGAGUCUCAUUACUCGUACACUUACAUCAAAGAGUCGUACACGGAUUAUGAGACAUGCGGAUUGCAACAAGUAGGUGAGAGCUUCGAGACUCGGCUCGGAUUCGCCGGGUUUAACAAGCGUUCUCCCUACGCAGAACUCUUCAAAGUUAUUUUCUUGAAGAUGGAGGAACUAGGAUUUCAAAGUAGACAUUUCAAACGGUAUUUCAGGAAACCUGUUUGCUACAGUCCUGGUAGCAGUUUCGACACUGUCGGGAUACCAGAGACUUACCAAGCUAUACUCGUGGUAACUCUUGGUGUUGUUUUGGCUAUUUUGUUAUUGUUGGCGGAAAUUUUAGCUGCAAAAUGUGCGGAGAGGAAGAAUCAGAAAAAGAAACUAAAUGUUGUUUUCGAUUUUAACGAUUCUUAA